UCUUCUGAUCUGUGAAGUGAGUCACUGGACACAUCUGCAAAGGACCAAAAGGAUCAGUAGCCACUUCUAAGAGUAACACGUCCCCUCCAUCUGUUUUGUUUCUUUCAUCAUGAGACCUGAAAUAGCUUCCCCUCAUGGUCCCUCUUUCCAGCCUUGCAGACAUACUAGUGAGUUGAUUGUUCUGUAGGUGGUUCUAAUAACAAGUCCUUUAUGAAUCAGGAAUAUUGGACCUUGAGCCAUCUACCUAUUCUGGUAUGUAUAAAGAGCUAAUACCAAAGCGUCCGCUGGGAGAGAAGUAUGUUAUUUAAAACACUCACAGUGUGCCAUCUGUUCUGUGAGCAGCUGUAAGACCACGAUGGAACCAAGAAGGGGCUUCGUGCAGAGUGUUUUUGUUUGUCUUUAACUCAAACAGUAGAUGUGUGUAUGGUGGGAGGGUGGGAACAGGGCAGGGCAGACAAAAGUCCUGACAGUUUAAGGAUAGUUUCCAGAUCAACAGGUCUUUUGCUUUUUCAUUGAACACAAGAGAAUAUUUCCUGUUAUUUAAGGACCACUUGUGCAAUGGCAGGACUUUUGACUAACAGUGAUAAAAUCUAAUUCCAUGGUUUACCAGUCUGCUCAGGCUGUGGGUUUAAAUGCAAGGCUGCCUCAUGAAGAACAGUCUGCAGAGUGGAGGAGGAUGGGUCAGCUCGGCAAGGGCCAUGAUGGAGACGUGGCUUCCUUUGGAAGGGGCUCCAAGAGCUGUGCUGUUUGUGAGCUUGGGCUGGUCACCUACAUGUUCUUUCAGCCAGGCUUAUUACUCUGCUAGAACCACUAUGAGUCAGUACCUUAAAAAUCUCAAGGCACCCUUUGCGUCCUACGUCUGUCUCUUAUUUCCUGUAGGUGACUUCUGGAAACUUCUCAGAAACAUCCAAUGACUUCCUUUUUAUGUGGUACAAAUUAGAACAGUGUUUUAUUCCCUUCAGUAUCACCAGUGCUUAGCACAGAGCUUGGCACAUAGUAGGUGUUCAGCAAAUGAGUCAAUGAAUGAUGUUCAUUCAAAUUGCACCCCUUCUCUGAGGACACUCCCAAUUCCCUGGACAAAUUUAACAUCUUCCUUCCCCUGCUUUGUUUUUUAAACUUUGUCCCUCUGUGAUAGUACUUGGUAGUGUCUGGUUCAUUCUGGGGUCACUGCGUUUGUCUUUUCCACUCAACUGUGACUCUAUAGGGGAGGAACUAUAUUUUAUUGCUCACCCUGUCUCUGUAUGUUCUCUAGCACAUAGUAGGUGCCCAGGAAGCAUGUGCUAAAUUGAAAUCUGUUCACUGGUCUCGUGUCUAAAACGAGAACAAGGUGCCUUCCGUGUGGUCUUGUGAGAAACUGAGUGCUGAGGUGGCUGAGAAGAUAACGUGAACUCCUUGUCCCUGACUGCUGCAGCCUCAGCAGGUGCCUGUGUUCUCUGACUGAGGAUGCUGAGUGACAGAUACUCCUCAUCCCCUCUGAGCUUGCAAUGGGGUGGCACAUCUCAUUAUUCCUCUCACCCAUUUCACCUCUAGAUGUGUAUAAGCUGACCUCUGAAUUGCUGGGAGAGGGAGCCUACGCCAAAGUUCAAGGUGCCGUGAGCCUCCAGAAUGGCAAAGAGUAUGCUGUCAAAAUCAUUGAAAAACAAGCAGGGCACAGUCGGAGUAGGGUAUUUCGAGAGGUGGAGACGCUCUAUCAGUGUCAAGGAAACAAGAACAUUUUGGAGCUGAUUGAGUUCUUUGAAGAUGACACAAGGUUUUACUUGGUCUUUGAGAAAUUGCAAGGAGGCUCCAUCCUUGCCCACAUCCAGAAGCAGAAGCACUUCAACGAGCGAGAAGCCAGCCGAGUGGUGCGGGAUGUUGCGGCUGCCCUUGACUUCCUGCAUACCAAAGGCAUUGCUCAUCGUGACCUGAAGCCAGAAAAUAUAUUGUGUGAAUCUCCAGAAAAGGUAUCUCCAGUGAAAAUCUGUGACUUUGACUUGGGCAGCGGGGUAAAACUGAACAACUCGUCUACCCCCAUCACCACACCAGAGCUCACCACCCCGUGUGGCUCUGCAGAAUACAUGGCCCCCGAGGUGGUGGAGGUCUUCAUGGAUCAGGCCACUUUCUAUGACAAGCGCUGUGACCUGUGGAGCCUAGGUGUGGUCCUCUACAUCAUGCUCAGUGGCUACCCCCCGUUUGUGGGUCACUGCGGGGCCGACUGUGGCUGGGACCGGGGCGAGGUCUGCAGGGUGUGCCAGGACAAGCUGUUUGAGAGCAUCCAGGAAGGCAAGUAUGAGUUUCCCGACAAGGACUGGGCACACAUCUCCAGCGAAGCCAAAGACCUCAUCUCCAGGCUCCUGGUUCGAGAUGCAAAGCAGAGACUCAGCGCUGCCCAAGUUCUGCAGCACCCAUGGGUGCAGGGGCAAGCUCCAGAAAGGGGACUCCCCACACCACAAGUCCUCCAGAGGAACAGCAGCACAAUGGACCUGACGAUGUUCGCGGCUGAGGCCAUCGCCCUUAACCGCCAGCUAUCUCAGCAUGAGGAGAACGAACUGGCAGAGGAACCCCAGGCACUGGCUGAGGGCCUGUGCUCAGUGAAGCUUUCCCCUCCCUCCAAGUCACGCUUGGCCCGCAGGCGGGCCCAGGCCCAAGCAGGCCGCAGUGCAGACCGAGAACCAUCCCCCACACCCUCAGCACUCUGAGCCGUUCCAUAGGCCUGGGCCUGUCUAGUCAUCAUCCCUGUGGAAAUCUGUGUGGCCAAAGUCUGCAGAGCAGGCAGCGGGGGCCUGCUCUGUGGCUCCAUUCAGCCUUUUUCUUUACAAAGGCUCUGAGGUCCCCACUCAACCCCCCACUUCCUCAGGGUCCUGGAGGAAAAAGCUUUUUCCAAAGGGACAUCUUUGACUAGGAAAGCAAUCACUUGUCACUUUGCAUAAUUGCCCGUGGCGGGAAUAUCUCUUUGCUGGGUUCCACCUGCUCACCCGCCUGCGGAUCCUGGAUCCAGCCUGCACUCGCUGCUGCCCCGCGCUGGGCUGCAGCCUUCAGGGAGCCAGCUUCAAGAAAGAAGCAUCAGUUGACAGAGGCUGCCACACAGGCCUCUUCCCUCUCUGCCCUAUCACCCUCCUCUGGCGGUCCUCCCACCUUCCUCUGUCCUCCGCAUGUCCUCUUUGCCCGUCCUCUCUCUUGACUGAGCAAACCAUCCCCUCAAUUCAGGGAGAGGCAAGAGCCUUUGUCAUUCAGGAAGCCAGAUCAGUCUUCCAUUGUGUAGCACAGAGAAACACGUAAUCUUUCUCUGCUGUGACCUCAUUUAUCAUCCUCUUCUCUGUGAUUGCUGCUAAAGUCAGUAUGUCAUUUUUAAAAAGUUUGUUUUUAACCGUGAUACUCCAACAAAGAUGGGACUUUAAUCUCCCACUGCAAGCCCCUGGACUUUCCGGCUUGUUCUUCUUUCAGGAAUGUCCAUGAGGUUAGGUUUUAAUGAGCUAUUCACUAUUAUUCUAACUGGUUUUAAACUGUUACUAUGAGGAACAACUUAGAGACAGUGGAGACCACAUCAGUGUCUUACUGCUGCUCUGCCCCUCAGAGUUGUGUGGGGAGUGGCGUAGGUCUGAGCACGUAGGUAGAGUGGAGGGGAAUCUAGAUCAGAGCAGCUCUGAGAGCAUGAAGAUACAGCCAGCGUCAUAAACACCAAGCUAUCGAUACACAUAAAGAAAAUGGAUUUGCAUAUGUCAGACGUUUAUACAACACAAGAAUGCUUUUAUACAUUGUGCUUGUUUUAAUAAAACUUAA